AUGGCUAAGAAAGCUAAGGCUCGUCUGAUACACGUGCGGCUCAUCUCCAUGGCCAUGACGGGGUUCUUUUACACCUUCAAGCGCCCCAGAACCUCCCCCAUGAUGGGCAUGCUGAAAUACGACCCAAUCGUGCGCAAGAAGGUCCUAUUCCUCGAGACUAAAAAGAGAACGAAAUGA